CGAACUUUGAUACAGAUAUUAUCCGUAUGCUCACUCCAUCGCAACUUCCUGUCUACAAAUAGACCUAAAUAUUUGGAUACGGCGCGGUGUUCGAUUUCAGUGCUAUCAAGGUAGUAUUUCGGCACAUUUGUUACACUUCGCUUUUUAGAAAAACGCAUAUGUACAGACUUUUAGGAUUGAAUUGACUAUCAUAAUAUUCGUUUCUCUAUCAUUUUUGAAUAUCAUUUUUGAAUGUCAUUUUCAAUAUCAUUUUUGACUAUCAUAAUAUUCGUUUCUCUAUGAAUACUCUAGGAUUGUAUUAACGAAACUCUAGGACUGUAUUCGUAAAUUACAGUAUCUUUUCGCUUGGGAUGUGUGCGUACCGCACAUAGUUGCGUUUGCUGCCAACCAAAAUCAUUACUCUAGAUGAAGCAACAGUCCUUCCCUGAAUGCAUCAACAGCAAGCACACGCAUGGAUUUGUGUCUGUAAUUUGAUUGUAAUCAGUAAACACUAAACAGUGAACUGUGAGCACGAAUGAAUGCACCAUGCUUAUUUAUCGGGACGCUGUAUCUGCAUGGAACGCCGUGGACGUCAUCGUCGACGGCCGCCUGCAGCACGGCAAAGUGAUCAGCCUGGCGGAGGGGGGCCUGAUAAUUGAUUUCGAAUGUGUCACACAGCGCUCGCAGUUUGUUCAGUACGGGCGCAUCUUCUGCUGUCUCUCCAAGUAUUCGUGGAAAGGAACCGUGCAGGUCCUGCUGCGCUGCCAUCCCGACAGUCCCUGGAUAUGGUAUUCGGGAAGAGUCGUCCCUCUGGGUCUGCAGUCCUAUACUGAUGUUGAGUACGUGGAAGUGCAGCUACCCUACGGCACGGCUAGGGAGCUGGUGUCUUACGAUCAAGUGCGCCUAGCGCCCACGUACGAGGAGUUGCGGGGGCGGCGCGUGGGGCCGGGCGAUUUUGUUAUCCGGGGCUGUCCGCUACCUACCACUUUUUGGGCAGACGGGACGCCACUGCUGCGGGAGAUCUUCCAGUGCGAAAUGAGCCAACGACAUCAAGUCUUGUGCACCACCCUGCUCAUCCACACCCUACACUAUCUGCAGUGUCAGACCGCCGCUCCUCUGACAGCCGAGCACGUGGAUGUAACGUACACUAGCUCGCGGGCAAAGCUGGAGAGCGGCUGGCUUUCAGGACCAUCCCGACUCUUACUACGUCAAAAAAUGGUUAUCGCGUGUAGAACACAACUAACGGCUGCGGAUAGCGAAGCUGAUGGUACUGAUGUGAGUUUGGCGUUGCCGGCUGAGCUGCUGGUGGAGAUUUUCCAGGCACUGGACUCCAUCGGCCGCGUCCGUUGCCGUCGUGUGUGUGCAGUGUGGAACACCCUCCUGACCACCCUGGCGUAUUUCCCGGAUGUGCGCGUCUCCGGCCGGCACGGGGAAUAUGAUGAACAAUCGAACACUAUGCACUGGUUGCUGGCGUGCUUACUGAAGUGUCCCAGUCGCGUUACCCAAAUAGUCGCCCUGAUUCAGGUGGAUUGGUACGGCUGCGGAGCGGACUUGUCCGCACUGAUCAAUGGCGUGCGCAGUACUUCCAACCUGGUGUCGACGCUGGUGUUGUACAAGGUCGAUUUCGGUGGGACAGUUGAUUGUAUUGCGAGGAUGACCGGGCUCAUGGCGGACCUGGUCUUGGAAUUUUCCUCGACGUACAGAAAAAUCUUGUGGAAGCGUUGUCGUAUGUGGGAUCUUUUCGAGAGCAGCCUGCUUCUUCGGAAACCGUUGGAUCGGCCGGCGUUAACCGCAUGGAUUGCGGAUUGUGUUGCUCACAAACCAAUUCGGUACAUCGAAAAUAAUAUUUUCCAGGAGCUGUACAGCUACCAGAGUGUCGAUCCCCGUCGGUCCACGCAUUACCACAGGCGGAAGUGGAGGUUAUCCAAUGUAGGCGAUUUGGAUGUCAACAAACUGACCACAAUCACUACGGCUGCCUUGAGCGAGAAGAUUCAUCCAACCCCAUGGGAACUGACCUGAACAGCACUGUCAACAUUUUUUGCAGCCUGCGCUGGCCUCCUGUAGUCCACCUUUUCUAACCGCUCUUUCUCACGAAAUCAGUGGUUUUUACUUUGUCUUAUUACUACGUAUUGUGGCUUUGUCUCAUUACUACGUAUUUCGUAUUGGGUUGUUGUCCAUUGUAUUGCCACCAUCAUCUUGUUUUUCUGCUCGUGUGAUGCGGGAAUUAAA